AUGCUAGACACUAUGGGUGUUACUAUUGACCUGACUGCAGCUGGAGACCACGAGCCUACCGCUGUUCUUAUCCUCUUAAGUCAUGCACCAAUCGUUUGGUAUUCAAAGAAGCAGAAUGCUGUCGAAACAAGUUCUUUUGGAAGUGAAUUUGCUGCAUUGAAGACUGGUGCUGAAUUGGUUGAAGGUCUAGUAUACAAAUUGCAAAUGAUGGGCGUACCGAUUGAUGGCCAUUGUCAUACUCUUGUUGAUAACAACUCUGUUGUGAUGAACGCAAGUUGCCCGGAAUCUGUCUUGAAAAAGAAAAGCAAUUCUGUUGCUUAUCAUUAUGUUCGUUCAAAAUGUGCAAGUGAUCUUAUUCGGGUUGCUUGGGAAGGAACCAAAACAAAUCUUGCCAAUAUGUUGACAAAGAUUCAUACUGGUAGACAACGUGCUCGUCUGGUGGAGUUUAUUAUGUAUGAAGAAGACAAAAUUCCAAGAGUGGUACAAUCUGCGAUCAAAGCUCUGAAUGUGCUUUUUGGUCUGCCUCCACACUAA